AAACCCAGUACCGUUACGAAUUUAAUCGUGCGUGAAAUCCACACAUGAUAAAACUUAAACCAUUAUUUCAGUUGAAAGUUACCAGAAUCAUCUAUCGCCUUGAUACUCGUAUUGUGCAGCUGUUUUUGUAUCCGCUCUUUGAUAGUAAAAAUGGAUGAUGACUGCUACCUUAAAGAAAAUAAUGAUCAUGAUAUUCCUCAGUUGUCGUUGAUGUUUUCUCUUAAGGAAGAGGUUGGAACCCUAGCACGUGCGCUCAAACUCUUUGAGGAUAACAAUGUGAACUUGUUGCACAUCGAGUCCCGUCCGUCCAAGUCUUCAAACAAUGAGUAUGAGUUCCUGGUUACUUGUGAAAAUACUGGCAACAACCUAGCCCCACUUAUCGAGAAACUCAAGGCAAAGACCUCCGCGGUUCAUACACUCGCCCGUCAGCCAUCGAAAGAUGCCAUUUCAUGGUUUCCCCGGCGGAUUAGAGACUUGGAUCGCUUUGCUAACCAGAUCCUGAGCUACGGUCAUGAGCUAAAAAUUGAUCAUCCUGGCUUUACGGAUCCUGUCUACCGUGCUCGUCGUAAGGAAUUUGCUGAUAUUGCUUCCAAAUACAGACAUGGUGAGCCAAUCCCCCGUGUGAAUUAUACGGAGGAUGAGAUCAAAACAUGGACAACAGUGUUUAACAAGUUGACAGAGUUGUACCCCACACAUGCUUGCAGUCAGUACAACCACAUCUUCCCAUUACUUGUCCAGAACUGUGGUUUCAAACCAGGAAAUAUCCCACAGUUACAAGAUGUGUCCAACUUUCUUAAAGAUUGUACUGGAUUCACCCUGCGACCAGUUGCUGGGUUUCUGUCAUCACGUGACUUCCUUGCGGGACUUGCAUUCCGUGUUUUCCACUCGACACAGUACAUCCGUCAUGGGUCAGUUCCUAUGUACACACCAGAGCCGGAUGUAUGCCAUGAGUUAAUGGGUCAUGUUCCGCUCUUUGCUGAUCCUGUGUUUGCCCAGUUUUCUCAGGAGAUUGGUCUAGCUUCACUUGGUUCACCAGAUGAAUAUGUUGAGAAACUUGCAACCUGUUACUUUUUCACUGUUGAAUUUGGACUGUGUCGUCAAAACAAUCAGUUGAAGGCUUACGGAGCUGGAUUGUUGUCAUCAUUCGGAGAACUUCAGUACUGUGUCUCAGAGAAGCCAAAUGUGCUGCCCUUUGAACCAAGCAAGACAGCCGAACAGAAAUACCCACUGACAGAGUUCCAGCCAGUCUACUUUGAGUCAGACAGCUUUGAAGAGGCCAUUGAGAAAAUGAAAACUUUCGCCGCAAGCAUUCCCAGGCCGUUCUCUGUGCACUACAACCCCUACACACAGACAGUGGAAGUGUUGGAUAAAAAGGACAAAUUGAAGGAUUUAGCAACAAACAUCAAAGGAGAGCUGAUCACACUCAUUGACGCAAUCAAUAAGGUCCACUAAGAGGUUAAACCAAAGACAACAACUGCCUUGUUUGCAAUUAUUCUGAGCCAUCAGGACAAUAUUGAUGUUAACAAAGUAGUGACUGGUUGCUUGAGAAAUGUGAAGUUCUCUUUAAUAUAUUUUACUCUAAUCCACACGUUCACAACGAUCAAGUUGUAUAUAAUAUAGUUAAUUUCUACUCACUUUUAUUCAUCAUGUUUCAAGAGGCCGGGAAUCUUUGGAGGAAGUCAAUAGGGAAAUUGUUGGGGGUAAAAUAAAGGGAGAAAGACAAUGUACAAAACAAAGUUAUGAGUUUGAUUAUAUUAUGCGGUAAAGGGAUAUCUUCAGAAAAGACACUACAGCUUAAAAAAAGAAUCAAUAUUGAUUAUAUAUGUUGAAAUUAACAAUCAUAUUAUAUUAUACUAUUUGAUUUAAUUUAACAAAGAUAAUAUUAGCCUUAAAUUAAAAAUGAGAACAAGAAAAUGUUCAUUUUCCAAUUAACAAAUGCAUGCAUUUUUCAUAUUCUUUGCAUAGAUAAUAAAUAGGCUUGUAAUUAAUUUAAAGGAUAUUCAAGUGUUUGUGAAUCAGCUAAAACAUAAAUAUCCUGUAAGGUCCUUUAAAAUAGAAAUCAAUGUUCAAUUGCUUUGGGCUUCCAAGAUUUUAUCAUAAGAUAGUUCUGUACAUCUUCAGAUAUGAAUUUACAUGGUUGCAAAACAUAUUUGGACAUAGAAGGGUAUAACUAAGUUAGCUUUUAAAAAUAUUUUAUAUUAAUCAAUUAUAUUAAUUGAGAAAGAUGGUAUUUAUGUAUGGGAAAUGGAUAGGGCCUAGUAAUUUAAUAACUCUAUGUAUCAUAUAAUUUAUGUUGUUAUUCAAAAAGUUUACUGCGACUAUAUGAUUAGGCCUAAUUAAGGAAUCUUUUCAGUUAAGCAACAGUCUCGCAUGCUUGUCUAUCAGUAUAUCACAACCAAUCAAAUGAUGAAGAGAUCAGGAUGUUUGCAUUUUUACCAGCCAGCUGACAUUAAAUGAUACAGCCAAACACCGGAUUUUAUGAUUACAUUUUAAAAAUUGAACUUUGGUGGAAUAUUGUAUGUACUGAUUAGGUAUAUUGUAUACUAACACCGUAGGCUACUAUUUGGAGUUAUUUAUUGAUUUAUAUAAAGCAUGAUAAUAAAGGUGAAAACAAACUGUAAAGCACAUUGA